UGUGUGGUGGGGUGUGUGCUUAUUUUACAAAGUUCAAUAAUUUGAAGUGUUAAAAAAAUAUUUUAGAAAAUCUUUGCAUGUUUGCAUUGUUAUACGUUUGAAAUAAUUAUAAUAAACAAAUAUUUUAUGUGAUAAAUUAUUGACAUUUAAAAAUUUCGAAGAAUUGUCAGUGUUUUCAGUGAAACUAUUACAGUGGUCUUUGAUAUUUUUUGGAUUUUUCAAAAGCGAAAAGAAUGAUUAGAGGAAGAGUACAACACUUAUUACAUUGUACAUUUUUUAUAUCAUUUAUAUUUUUAUUUCUGGUGUUUGCGGGGGCCAUAAUUCUAGAUGACAAGGAAAAGCCAUAUAUUGACCCAUGGGAAACAUAUGGCAUCUACGGAACUCUAAUAUUGUACAUAUUAAGGCUUCUAACAUUACUCACUAUACCUCAAGUCCUCUGCAAUUUUGGUGGGCUAACAUUAUUCAAUGCAUUCCCAGGAAAAGUUAAAUUAAAGGGAUCCCCACUUUUAUCACCGUUUAUCUGUAUUAGAGUUGUGACUAGAGGUGAUUUCCCUAAGUUAGUGAAAGAUAAUGUGACCAAAAAUAUGAAUACAUGUUUAGAUGUUGGAAUGGAGAACUUUAUGAUAGAGGUUGUGACAGACAAAGCUAUAAACCUGCCGAAGCACAGGAGAGUGAGAGAGGUUGUUGUACCAGCUGAGUACAAAACCAAAACAGGUGCUCUUUUCAAAUCGAGAGCACUGCAGUACUGUUUAGAAGAUAAGGUCAAUAUAUUGGCGGACACAGAUUGGAUUGUACAUUUAGAUGAAGAAACUUUAUUAACAGAGAACUCUGUUCGUGGCAUAUUAAACUUUGUACUUGAUGGCCAACACCAAUUUGGGCAAGGUCUUAUUACUUAUGCCAAUGAUCACAUAGUUAAUUGGCUAACAACAUUGGCUGAUAGCUUCCGUGUUGCUGAUGAUAUGGGGAAACUCAGAUUUCAGUUCUACAUAUUUCACAAGCCACUGUUCAGUUGGAAAGGGUCUUAUGUGGUAACUCAAGUGUGUGCAGAAAAGAAAGUUUCAUUUGAUAAUGGACUUGAUGGUUCAGUAGCAGAGGACUGUUAUUUUGCCAUGAAAGCAUAUGUUGAAGGCUAUACCUUUAACUUUAUUGAGGGAGAGAUGUGGGAAAAAUCCCCAUUUACUCUAUGGGACUUUAUGCAACAAAGAAAACGGUGGAUUCAAGGUAUUCUUUUAGUUGUACAUUCGAAAGAGAUACCCCUUGUUUAUAAGGUUUUCCUAGCAAUAUCUUGUUAUUCUUGGGUCACACUGCCUUUAUCUACCAGCAAUAUUUUGCUUGCAGCAUUUUGUCCUAUACCUUGCCCACAUCUUCUAGAUUUAGUAUGUGGGUUUAUAGGUGCUGUAAAUAUUUACAUGUACAUAUUUGGUGUUAUUAAGUCAUUUCCAAUACACAGAUUUGGACCACUAAAGUUUUUCAUGUUUGUCGGUGGUGCUUUAGCGACCAUCCCAUUCAAUAUUGUUAUUGAAAAUAUUGCAGUUAUAUGGGGUGUAUUAGGCAAAAAGCACAAAUUUUACAUAGUAAAUAAAGAAGUAAAAAUUCCAACAACAGUAUGAUUUUUAAUAAGAAAGCGAAUACACAAAGCAUUUGCAUUGCACAAAUUACUUAAUAUUAUUAUUCAUUGUUUGACAUUUGAAUGUUGAGUGUAUUACAAAUGAGAAUGUGAUAUAUUAUAUCAUCAAGUGAACAAUUUUAAACAUGAACAAGUGAUCAGUCACCUAUUCUUUGUUACCAAAGACUUAAAUUUUGUAUUAAGAAGUAAUAUUUUUUUUUAGUUAUGUCUGAAACCCAUCCUUAGAAAUUGUUGUUUAUUUUUUAUACUUAAAGAAUAUUGUGUGAAAACUUUGUAUGUGUAUUUUCUGUUCAAUGUUUGGGUUUAUAAAGAAGACAUAUUUUUGAUAAGUUUGUUAUUGUUAUGUUUCUAUCUUAUAUUUUAUAUGUGGGUGAGUAUUUUUGUAAGUGUCAGUAAUGUUACAUAGUUUUAUAACACCCAAAACGCAAUUGAACUAGCUAAUUAAAUAAAUAUGAAAGUAUUAUAAGAUAGCACAAAAUCUACUAUAAUAAUAUUAUAAUUGUAUCAUAAUUUGUAAUAACAAUAGUAUAAAAAGUUUGUCAGUUUAGUGACCAGAAUAAUUUUCCUCAAAGUAAUAGAAUUUGAACAUCAAGUCAGUUUUUAGAAUCUUUACAUUUUUAUUACGUAUUUUUUUUAAUUUCUGAAGUACUUAACUACCUAAUAUAAACACAAUUUACAAUCUUGUGAGAUUUUUAAUAGCACAAAAAUAAAAAUUACGCAUUUCUUUCGUAAUAACUAAGCAUCAUGAUUUGUUAGUUUUUAAACAACCCUACAAUUGUUUUUUUGUAAUUUGUGAAUCAAGUGAUGUCACUCAUAUUAAUAUUGAAUAGGUUCAUUAAUUGGUACUUAUCAUAGUUACUCCACCUAUGGUAUGCAAGGUUAACGUAAUAAUUAACGGGCGUUUUCAAGGCUGGUAUUAUUGUAUAAUGGUGAAAUAUUUUUUUUUUUUGAAAAAGUAACAAAACGACAUAAUAUAUACAUACAGGAUGUCCCGUAAAUAGUACGAUAUAAUCUACAGAAUGAUAGCCGACAUCAAGGCCUAUUAAAAUAACGUAAUAUAUGUUAGACGAAAUUAUACGGUUUUCAAGUUAUAUUGUAUUUUGUACAAAAUACAAAAUGAAGUUUAGUCAUCCUUUUUUUUUCUAAAGAGAAGAGAGAGAGAGAGAAAUUUUCACUCAAAAAUGUCAUUAAUGAUCAUAACGAAAAAACGAAAUGUCGAAUUUGUACCAGGAAAAUAUUUUUUUAACAUUAUUCUCAAACAUAAAUUCACAUUUUAUCAUUUGACUAUUAUUGUCAAAUUGUCAUCACAUAUUAAAAUAAAAUUAGGUAAAUAGUACGCUUUCCUUUCGUUAUACUUAGUUCCAGUGUUAUAGCUUGUCGCGUGUAUUGUCCGUAGCCAUUUUCAACUAUCUAUUUAUCUAUAAAUUUGUCAUAUAUCUGAACCGAUAGUAACGAUAUCUUUAUUAAUAAAAAUAUAUAUUGGGCAUGACGUUAUUGCGUAGUCAAAUCAAAGAUAUAAUUAACUAGCAGAGGCCGCGCGGUUUCACGUGCGUAUUUCCCGUUCCCGCAGGAAUACGGGGAUAAAAUAUAGCCUAUAGCACUCGGGGAUAGUGCAGCUACCCAACAGUGAAAUAUUUUUUCAAAUCGGUUCAGUAGUUUCAGAUCCUAUUCAAUGCAAACAAAUAUUUCCACUUUUUAAUAUUAUUAGUUUAAAUUAUUUUAAUCUAGCACACAACACAAUCAAACACACUGGGUGUAGUAUCUGUAUGUAGUUUACAUUGUAAGUUUGUGAAUUUAUUAUAUGUCUAUGGCUAUUAUAUUCAACACAUAGUAGGUACGACUAAAUUGCACUGAGAGUAUUGGGUUGCGAUUUUUGGAUUUCGUAGGAAAAUCAAUUAACUUAAAAACCGUAAAAUUUUGGCUAACAUAUUAUAUUGCUUUAUUUUCGUAGGCCUAGGUUAGUUAUCAGCCUAUAGAGUAUGUCGUGCUAUUUACGGGACACCCUGUAUAUACAUAUAUAAAACAUACAGAUAUGUUGAAAAUGGCAGUAUGCAUAUCCACAAGAUUACCAUUUACCUAUGUUAUGCAUCAUUCGAGAUAUUUUAAGAAAUUCCUUGCUCCCGCAAAGCACCACACUAACCGCAUCGCAAGAUACGUACGCCUGCGGUAGACCAAUAUUGUGUAAUGAAGUAUACUUAGUAUCUGUAACUAAUAUUUCUAUGUCUGCUUCUAAUAUUAUAAGGUUUUUAAAAAAAAUAUUACCCAUCUUCUAAACCAAUGACCAAUACCUACUAAUAUUUUGGAGUCACACUAAUAUUAUAAAGGCGAAAAUUUGCGUGUAAGUGUGUAUAAUAUUGUUUGUUUCUACUUUGCGCUGCGGCUACUGCGAUUUGGCUGAAAUUUGGAAUGGAAAUAGAUAUUACUCUAAAUUAACACAUAGGUUACUUUUCAUUCCAUGGUUCCCGCGGGAUUUGUAAAAAACACGCGGACGAAAUCGCUGGCGUCCGCUAGUAUAAAAUAUUCCGAUAACUACCUCGUUGAUCCAAUGGAUAUGUGGGUUUGUAUCACGAGGUCCGGGGUUCGAGACAUGAGUUCGAGCUGGGAAAUGUGGAUAUUUGUUUUUUCCAAGAAAUUCUUAGUAAAAACCCCCAGCAUAGAGUUGAGAGAACUUUAAAGGUACCGUUACAGAUGCUCUAAAAUAGCAUGCUAAAAACGUGCUAUUAAGUAUGCUCCAUUCGAGCAUUUUCUUUGGAUCAUUCAGAUUUGAGCCCCGUUGAGCUAAGCUAUUGAGAUUUCAAUUCCUUGAAAUUCAUUGAAAUUUAUCGCGGCAAAUAGUUCAUAUUUUAUUCAGUCAAUUACAGUAAUAGUUAAUGUGAUAUCACUAGCUAAUGCGUAAGGCAAUAAGCAGUAUCUAUCUGAUAUACAUAAACAUUAACAACCCAAUGAAACAUAGGUUUUACCUAGAUUCGAUAUGCAAUUACAGGAAAUUCUCGUUUUAUCUCCCGUAUUAUCAUCUGAAAUAUUUUCGAGAUAAUAUAUUCCAACAAUGAUGUUAUAGUUAAAAAUAAAUAGAUAAAGAGUCCUAUAAGCUAUGUUGCUAAGAUUUGCGCUUUUGUAUUGCCGGUCAAAGCUUACGCUCAAAAAGUCGACAAAUUAGGGAGACAGGGCAGGACGAGUAACUUGGCCAUAUUUCGUCUCCUUUCCUGGCUACUUCCCAUGUCACUUGUCGAGUGUGUGGCAGGCCCGUUAGGUUUAUUGAAAAUGGUAAUAAACUACUAAAAAAAUGCAUUUAUACAAUGCUUUAAGCAAUGUUACCGCAUGACGUCAUUUUGAUAGUAAUCAAUGACACUUACCUCUGAAAGUUCAAUGCAGUGACUCAUUUAUGAUACGCGUCGUUUGUCAAUUUCUUCCAUACAAUUUUGGUAUUCAAGCUACAGUUACACAUGCUCAUUUCAAGCACUAAAGCAUUCUACUAUUGAGCAGUUACUACUUAUUAGCAUGUGUAUCGCAACAUGGCUAAUAAUAAGCAUGCUUAUUUCGAGCUUGUUCAAAAAUCAACAGUCGUGCGAUUUAUGAGCACGCUACUUACUGCGCGGUUGGAUGAGGACGUGCUUUUAGCGCGUCUGAACAGGUUUGCUUAUUGAGUAUGCUAUUCAAACAGCAUUGCUAUUCUGUAUUCUCUCCACCUUCAUCUCUCCCUGUCUAACACGAUACUAUAGACAGAGAGCGACAGAUACAAAUUAGCAUUUGUAAUUGGAAUGCUUAUUCAGGAGCAUACUUAAAAAUAGCAUGCUUAUUGGUACCAAAUGUAAACUGAUAAACAUGCCCUUAUGGAGCAUACUUAAUAGCACGUUUUUAGCAUGUGUAACAGUACCUUCAUUCUCCGCAAACUAUGCGACUGACGCGUUUAUUGUGAGUCGCACGCUUUGGAUUGACCCCAGUCAAAUGAGACAUUAACCUUGGAAUGAGAGAUAAUAAGUUGUAAAUUCGUAUGCACCUUUAUUUUAUUGCUACAAAAGUUGUCUAAAAAUCUCAUGUGCAAAAUGUAGAAAACACACAUGGUAUAAUACCUAUUUAUUUGUUCUUUUUGCAUAUUUAUCUGUUUCUUGUACUUUUAACCUCAUUGCACCUAAUACUCGAUAUUAAAGUUUAUUUAGCUACUUAUAUAUAAUAUUUUUUAUCUACUUUUUUAUACAAACGAUCUCACAAAGUACUGGCAAACUAUAGUUAGAAUAGAUGUAUAAAAAGUAUUACAAAUUGUAACAAAUACAAUGUUCAAAAUAAACAUAAGCACGUAACGGAUGUAAGGUAGUUGGUAAUAUUGUCUAAAAUUUAAAAGACCGUUUGAUUUUCGACUCUAUUUUCAAUGGCAACAUUGUCAAAAAUAGAUUGAUAGUUAAAUAAACCCGACUCGUCAAGUAUGUGCUGGCCUUUACGCCGGCUACAGACGGUCGAAAUAUGGUCUUAUUGGUGUUGUUACGAUAUUUUUUUCACUGACAGCAUCCCAAGUCGCGUUGCUGACAACUUAAGGUUCGUUUAUAUCUGACAGACAUUUAGCGUGCCAGACACGUGCCGUGGCAGACAAAAUAAUAUUCUUCUAUACAGUGUUUAUUAACGUAUUUAUAUCUAACGCGGUUGCGCAGACGUUGACAGACACGGGCCGCGCCCGGCCAGUAUUCGCGGAAAGAAUAUUUUGUCUGUAGAGACCUUUUCAUGAAACCUAAACUAAUAUUGACAGCGCCUUACACAAAUGACAAUAAGACCGCCAUUACCAAACUUCAAGUGUCUCUAGCUACCUGCUGGACAGUGUGAAUUGACGGUGUCUGUGGGUGUCUGCCACGCUGCUUGUCUGUGACGCACUGUGUCUGUAGAUAUAAACGGACCUUUAUACUUGACCGUCUGUGGACGUCAUUACGCACACUGCCGGAAUAACACUAAAAGCCUCCGUCACGUUUUGUUAGAUAUAAUUUUAGUGAUCGGUAUCAGUGUGAGAAGUAUACAUGUUACAUGAGCUUGUAAUUUGUAUAUUUUACAUACAGCGUUGUAAUUAUUAGGUAAUAAUUUUUCCUCAACAACCUUACAACUUUAUCCUGUUGGAUUACAAAUGUAAUCAAUUUACAUUUUAUGAACGCCAUUGACGAUCAAUUAUUCUCACGUUUCUGUAGCACCCACGACUAAAACUGAUCGUGUAUUGAUCACUGCGUGCAUGACGGCUCGAUUUAUGAAACGUCUUCGCUGCCGUUUGCGCUCUAUAAAUGUGAGAAUAAUUGACCGUCAAUGGCUGACUUCAGUGAUAAAACGUUCGGUAAUGUUAAUGUUUUAAACACAAUUGACUAGUCAUAAAUGUAAUAAUAAUAUUUAUAAUUGUAAUUUAAAGUACCGAGGUAGACCAGUGAUGUUAAGUUUGUAUAUUUCUAUGUCUCCCAUGCCUAAUGUAAGAGGUCAAAUUCAGGGAUCAAAGAUGAUGUCAAUUGUUGCACUUUGCGUUAUGUGCUUAAGUAAUUGCUUCAAUUUACUGCCAUAUGAAACGACUAAUUAAAAAAAAUCAUACAUUAAGGUUACUAAUUGUCAUUGUAGCUAUUACGAGUAAUGCCGUGUAUUCACUGAGAAACAUUUGUUUAUGGACACUGUUUCAGACAUAAACAAAAUUUACGUUUUUUUUUUGUUACGAAUACAAAAUUUAAAAAAUAAAUGAUGAAAAAUUACUCUUACGUGAUUUUGUUUUUUCAGCAGUUAUUUUAAAUAAGUAGUUGAAAUUGUUGUUAUCACAAAUUUUUCAACUGUUUAAAAUAACACCGUUUAUAAUAAUGCGAUUGGCAUGUUUCUGUUGAAACACAAACAUCGCAACACAAUGUUUAUAGAUGUGGUUGCGCGUUCACUAGAUUCAAUACGAAUACAAUAUUUCUAUUAAUUUUCAAAUUAAUAGAAAUAUUGCAUUAGGAACCACGAAUAUUAUGGGAUUGAUCCCAGAAGAUGACAAAUACUAUGACGAUACAUUCUUGACUUGAUUACGAUAAUAUUUAAUUGUAAAUUAAUAAUACAUUUUUUUAAUUAAUAGACGUAGUAAUAGGAGACACAAAUAAGGGAUUGUUUCCAGAUUAUGUCAAAUAUUAUGGUCUAAGGUCCGGCAUAAGGAAUAUAUAAACUCAUCUGUGAUUUAUUUGGGUUAAGAAAUAAAUGAUAGAAGAUAUUCACGUUGACACAUUGCAAAUAUAGCCUAGUUAAAUUGCGACCAAACACAUUUUUCAUACAAAAUUUAGGAAAUCAUGAACUAGAUCAAAGACGACUUAAUACAGUAAAAUUAAGCAUUACAUAUGUUUUCAUUUGAUAUAGUCGACUAAAUAUGAUGCAGGUAUUUGUCUAACAUUAAUUAACUGUUUAUAACUAACUAGAAACCCCACAGUUGCAGUGUGAAGGCAAGCAUCUUUACGUUUUCAAUUCUGUUGAGUAUAUUGUUUUAACUAUUGUUAUAUUUUUAUAACUUAAGCAAAUAGGAAAGUAGAUUAAAUAAAAAUAAACCAUUUAGUCAUUUAAUACUCACCGGGCGCAACUUCACAAUGUGUCGAUGUAAAUAUUUCCUAACAUUUAUUUCUUAUCAAAAUAAAUAACAGAUGAGGGUGUAUAUUCAUUAUAUCGGAUCUCAUACUAUUAUGUCAGCAUUGUGAUCUGGGUGGCAAACGUAACACUGUUUCUGUUAACAUCUACUUGGUUUUUCUAAAACAUUGUAUCUUAGUGAAUCAUCAUUAUCAGCCGAUGGACGUCCACUGCAGGAUAUAGGCCUCUCGCAUGGACUUCCAAACAAAACGGUCUCGAGCCGCCUGCAUCCAGCGGCUUCCUGCAACCUGCUUGAUGUCUUCAGUCCACCUAGUGGGGGGUCGACCAACACUGCGCUUUCCGGUGCGGGGUCGCCAUUCCAGCACCUUGGGACCCCAACGUCAAUCGGCUCUUCGAACUAUGUGGCCUGCCCACUGCCACUUCAGCUUCGCGACUCGCUGAGCUAUAUCAGUGACUUAUAAGGCCCAUAGUUAGCGACCAAGUCUCGGAUCCGUAAGUCAUCACUGGCAAUACGCACUGUUCGAAGACUUUCGUCUUCAGGCACUGAGGAAUUUCGAAUUUCUAAGUGAAUACAUGGCUUAAAAUUGGCAUUUUUGUUGUUUAUGUGUAACUGAAAGGAACAUUUUAUAAUGCCAUCUAAAUCUACAGACGAUUAGAUACAAAGUAAUAAACGUGAUAAUAAUGUGUGUAAAGCAUAUUGUCGGUUAAAUUGGUACCUGAAUGUGAUACGUAUCUAAUUUGAGACUUACGUAGGUACCUGUAGUUAUGUAAAAUUAGUUAAGUAUUUAUUGCGGUCCUCAUAGUAAACAAUGCUUUUAUAUUAUUAUGUAUAAAUAUACCUAAAUAGUAUGUAAUGUGCGUGGUUGUAACUGAUUAUAAUUAUUAUUCGGCACCUCAUUAUGAUAGGUAGAAAAUAAUUUCUUGUAUCGAAUAAAAGUGAUUGCUAAUUGAGUAUUAUGAUA